AUGAUGGACGCCGCGACGUUGCGGUCGUUGCUUCGUCGCAUUGUCGGCCAGCGUGAAGAAAAGGCGCGUGUUGUACAGGAAGGCGUGCUGUUCGAUGUCGUUGCAUGCGUAGGACGUACUGAGCAUCCAGCGUAUGAGCAGGCGAGCCUCCUGGCAGCGCAGGUCUUAGCGUCUGUGGCUCAGCAUGCGACGCCGCCCAUGGUCCUAGGUCUCGUACGUGCUCGCGCUGUAGAUGCGUUGGUGCAUGCUGCGACGGCGCUCGCAUCGGAUACAUCGUCGUCUGCCGCCCUAAUCGAGGCGACGCUCCGUGCGCUAGCUACGGUGCUUACAGCCGUGUGUGACCAGAUUGUGUAUAUGCCAUGGCACGGCCUUGGCUCGGGGCCAGGGAGUGCUAUGAUGAGUGGCCUCGAGCAUGUACAGGCCCUGCCGCUCAUGCAUUUAUCGCAUCGUCCUGCCCCUACGUGGGCCGCUGCGGGGCCCUCCGUGGCUACAAAGGAGGCUUUGACGCCUGAACGUGAAUUGCAUGCACAGUGUUGGGCCGCUGUCCAGCUCACUUGGUCGCACCUACCCACCUUUGCCAUACUUGCGCAGCACCCUGCGUGGACCGCACGUGUGCUAGAGCCUGUGCUGGCGAUGCUGCGUGUGAGCCUCGCAGCCUUGGCGCGUGCACAGCCUGGGCCGAUCGACGACCAGGCUGUUUCGCCCAUAGCCAUUCCCCCCGCUCUCUUGGAUGCGCUGUAUCAGGCGGCCUCAAUACCUGCCAUGCAAGAGGCAAGUGUAUGGGCCUGCCAAGCUGUACUCGCAUGCUCCAGCGUGGUGGGGAGCACAGACACCCUUGCUGAGAUCCUUCGCAAGGCGAGUCAACAUACGUCCACGGCUGUACGUCAGGCUGCGUACUGUGCGCUGGCGUACUGGCCCCUAGCAUGGGGGCCUAUGCCUGUCUCGCCACACACCGUGCUGGUCCAGCUGCUCAAUGCCAUGACCGAGCGUGAGCCUAGAGCGUUCUCGACCGUAUUUGCCCUCCGAGCGCUUUUGCAGGCACGCAGUGCCUUGCAAAAGCUCGCUGUGUAUGAACACGAUGUGCUUGCUGCCACGAUCUCGCUUUUGGACGCUACGUUCUCUGCGAUUCCGUCAGCAGACGCGCCGCCCCUCGAUCGUACGCAGCCCUGUCCUUUGCGUGCACGAGAGCGCGAGAUUCGUAUGCAGGAAGGCGGCUUGUACGUCCUUGCGACGCUCGCGACGGAAGGCGAUGCCAUGCGCCGUCACAUUAUCGAGGCGCGCCCGUCGCUGCUGCGCGAUCGUAUCGUGCCCCUACUGGCAUGCGCUGUGCCUGGCGUGCAGCUGGCCGCCUGCCAUGUAUGCCGCGUGCUUUCACGGACCAUUGGCCUGCUACGUACGACACUAUGGGAUGCGCACCUGGCCGAGUAUGUUUUGCAGCUGUUGCAGCAUGGCUCGGCGAUGCUACAGACCGAAGCGCUGGCGCUUCUGGCCAACUUGCUCGUGAAGUACAGUCCCAUGCAGACGUGGCUGCUGGACCAUGGCGGGAUCGACGUGGUCGUCGCGUGCUUGCGCCCUGCUACGCCGACGGCCCUGCAGCAUCGCGCGUUGUGGGUGCUAAAGAAUGCGCUCUGGGAGUGCGAGCCUGCCAUCCGUACGCGUCUCCUUACGGCUGUGCCGUGCGAUACCUUGCUUGCCUACACGCACGUGCCCGAGAUUUCACUACGUGCGGAAGCGCUGCAUGUGCUGCGCAAUGCUACGGCGGCGUCAACAGACGACGAGAUAGCCGCCGUCCUCGCGAGGCUCAAUGCCUCGGCAUGGCAGGACGUCCUCGUCCGGUCCUUGCAUCCGACCAGCGCUGAGUCAGUGCUUGUGCAGGCCGCGUACCUGCUUAUGAAUAUCACCGCGAGUGGCGCACCAUGGUGCGACGUCAUUCUCUCGGAGCCCACGCUGGUGCAGAGUCUCUGCUGGCUUGUGCAAAGUGCGCAUCCCUCGCUCCAAGAGGCCGGCUUGCGAUGUGGCCUGAACAUGCUCCCCAUGCCAUCCGCACGCGACCAAUUGAAGGCGCUUGGCUACGACGUGGCCGUCCAGGCAUGCUCGCGCGAGGCGCCGACAACUGUAUACCCAUACCUUGAAGCUACCAUGGCGUAUUUCUACAAGACAUCACCUAAAGCCUCGCCUACAUGCACCUGA